UACUAAAAAGAUUUUUUAGUCCAAAACCCAAAAACUCACGCGAGUCCCGCCAUUAACCACAGUGUGAGAGAAAUGGAGAUUUUGAGAGAGCAACCGAAGAGCCAGUCCGAUGAAUCGUUCAAACUCGCGAUCGCAAUGGCACUCGUCCGAUCAAAGCUUCUUCACAAACCUCCGGCAGCAACACCGGCUCCGCCUUCUUCCUCCACCGCCGCCGGAGAUUCUUCUUCCUGCCCGCCUCUUUCUCAUUCCGAUGAUGCUGUUAAAUGGAAACAAAAAGCAAAAGAGCGUAAACGAGAAAUUCUCAGGCUCAAGGAGGAUCUCAAAGUAGCCGAAGAUGGUUCACAGUGUGAUAUAUUUCCAAAAAAUGCAUCAUGCAAGUGUUAUUUCUUUGAUAAGUUGGGAUUAUUGAGUCCUAAGAAAAUUGGAGCUGGUUCUGACCAACGGUUCAGUGAUGUGUUGCGGAGAAGAUUUCUUAGACAAGUGAGGAUUAAGGAGAGAAAGAGGAGAAGGCCAGAUGAUUCUUUGCUUCACCGAAUUUCAGAUUGUGACAAUGAAAAUAAUAUUGAGCAAUUGAGCGCUUCAGUUGAUUUUCUUUUGGAGCUUUGUGACACUGUUUCUCUUCACAGUUUGGAGGAGGGUAAUUUUAAGAACUGGUGCCACCAAGCUGUGGACUUUAUUCUUGGUACACUGGCUACAAUGUCACCAACCGAAAGGAAUAGAGAACCCGUGGAAGGCAUUAUCAACAGUUUAAUCAUGCGUUUAUUGAGAAGAAUGUGCAGUGCCUUGCAAGGAGAUGAAUCUUAUCACUUUGACACUGCUGUUCAAUUCUAUAUUCAACAUUUGAUGCGUAAGGUCGGAAAUGAGGCUUUUGUCGGCCAACGUAUAAUAUUUGCAGUUUCACAAAGAAUUUCUGCAAUGGCAGAAAGUUUGCUUUUCAUGGAUCCAUUUGAUGAUGCCUUUCCAAGUAUGCAUAACUCUAUGUACAUGAUGAUUCAGCUUAUUGAAUUUCUGGUUUCAGAUUAUUUGUUAAUCUGGUCAAACACAGGGGAUUUUGACUUGAGGCUUUUUGAGGAAUGGGUUGUAUCAAUCCUCCACGGAAGAAAAACGUUGGAACUACUAGAAAACAGGAAUUCUCUUUAUGUACUGUACAUAGAUCGCGUAAUCGGAGUUGUGGCCAAGCAAGUGAGACAGUUGUCAUUUCUGCAAAAGCUUAGCCCACAGAUUCUUGAGAACUUGUUUAGCUAAGCACUGGCAUGCAGCUUUUUCCUUGUGAACUGAAAAGUGGCUUUAUAUUCAAAGGCAUCGAUGGAAAUGUUGCUUUUGACGUGUAAGUUGUAAUACAUGUUGCAAUUUCUCUCUUUUUAAUUAGCAAAUGGUAUUAUAAGUCAGAUGCUUCCCUUUCAUUGCCUCUGCUUUUAGGCAAAUAUGCUAUUAGUAAAUAGUGUAGCUGUAUUAUUGGAAUAAAAAUUAUGAUUUGAAACUUUGGUUAGAAGUUGAUCUGUAAUGACCUUUUAUAAUUUGAAUAGAAGAAAAUUGACUUUUUUUUU